GUCCGGAGAUAAAAGGGAGAGAGGCGAUAGCGGAGAAGAGGCGAUGGCCGUCGCUGCUCCGCACGUUACUGCCCCCUUCCUCUCGCCUCCUCCCUCUUCCUCGUCCGCGUCCGCGGCAUACGCUUCCACCUCCAUCCUUCUCUCCCGCUCCAGGACCUCCGCUGCCCUUCGCCUCCGGCGAACUGGUCCCGCCGCCACCCGAUUCCGAUGCGCCGCCGGGCAGACCGGAUUCUUCACCCGGUUAGGUCGCCUUAUCAAGGAAAAGGCCAAGAGCGACGUGGAGAAGGUCUUCUCUGGAUUUUCCAAAACCCGGGAGAAUCUCGCCGUCGUGGAUGAGCUCCUCCUCUACUGGAACCUUGCCGACACCGAUCGAGUCCUCGAUGAGCUAGAAGAGGCGUUGCUGGUAUCCGAUUUUGGGCCCAGGAUUUCUUUCAAGAUCGUGGACUGCCUUCGAGAAGAUAUAUUGGCGGGAAAGCUGAAGUCUGGGAGUGAGAUAAAGGAGGCUUUGAAAAGGAGUGUGCUUCAGCUGUUGACAAGCAAGGGCAAUAAGUCGGAUCUCCAACUAGGAUUUAGGAAACCUGCAGUGAUUAUGGUUGUUGGUGUUAAUGGAGGUGGAAAGACAACCUCUCUAGGAAAACUUGCUUGCAGAUUGAAAAAUGAAGGGGUAAAGGUUUUAUUGGCAGCAGGUGAUACAUUUAGAGCAGCAGCUAGUGAACAGCUGGAAGUAUGGGCUGAGAGAACAGGUUCUGAAAUAGUUGUGGCGGAGGGUGACAAAGUCAAGGCUGCAUCAGUCCUUUCACAGGCUGUGAGAAAAGGAAAAGAGCAAGGCUAUGAUGUUGUCCUUUGUGAUACAUCUGGGCGUCUGCACACAAACUACAGCCUGAUGGAAGAGUUGGUUGCCUGCAAGAAAGCUGUUGCCAAAGUCAUUCCAAGUGCACCUAAUGAGAUUUUGCUUGUUCUUGAUGGAACAACAGGCUUGAAUAUGCUACCACAGGCGAGAGAAUUUAAUGAAGUUGUUGGAAUCACUGGAUUAAUUCUGACAAAGCUGGAUGGCUCUGCUCGCGGUGGAUGUGUGGUCAGCGUGGUAGAUGAGCUCAGUAUUCCUGUUAAAUUUGUUGGUGUUGGUGAAGGAGUAGAUGACCUCCAACCAUUCAAUGCCGAAGCCUUUGUGAAUGCCAUUUUCUCUUGAUUAAGCAGGCUCAAUCAAGCUUAUGACGAAACCUUGUACGGUUGCUUAAGGAUUGUGCAGAGUUUGGCUGUGCAGUCUUGGCUGUGCUUCACUGUCACUUCUCAGAUGAUUCAGUUUUGUGCAACUUCGACGGCUUGGAGAGCUGAAGACCUCCAUAUAUCAUAUCUCAAAGGUUGUUCAAAGAAGCAGUCCAUAUCUGGACACUCUUUGGAAACUUUGUAAUGAAAUCAUAUAUCUGUGCCAGAGACAGAUUAGUGCUCUUUUAUGUGAUCUUGAUGGAAACAAGACCUGCAGCGUUGUCAACUGUACUAUCUUUUUUAGUUCAUUCUCUGCUCUUAAGAGUUUUGACACAGUUAAAUACUUCUGUUUCCUUUAUUCUCUCCUUGGCAUUCAAUUAUAUUAAUGAUUAGAAAUAUCAUUUGAUUGCGCCUUU